AUGGUUGAGAGUGGAGAAAAAACAGCUAUGUCCUCAGUUGCUGCCAACCCCUGCAUCAUCCAGUUCACAGUGAAGACACCCAAGAUGAACAAGGAGUUUGUGGUGCCAGAAAACAUCACCAUCAAGCUGUUCAAGGAAGUCAUCUCCAAGCACUUCAACUGCCAGACCAGCCAGCUGGUGCUGGUAUUCUUUGGGAGGAUUUUAAAAGAUCAGGAUACACUCAGGCAACUUGGGAUUCAUGAUGGCGUCACUGUCUAUCUUGUUAUCAGAAAGCCAAGGGCAUCCCAGGAAGAGUUGCUCCAUGCAGGGAGCCCACCUGCGAGUGCCUGCUCCUCCCCGGUGCCACCCAGAGCCUCAUCCACUUCUAGCAGCACAUUUAUCUUGGCUAGGAGGAGCACCAGCAACUCAGACAUGAGUGCCCAAAGUACGGAGCAAGAGAACCAACUGCGGUGCGUGCCCAACUCAGCAGUCAUGGUGCAGGCGUUGGAAAGCCUGUUUGCUCAGAGCAUGCUUUCCAACCCUGACCUGAUGAGGCAGCUCAUCAUGGCCAAUCCACAGAUGCAGCAGCUGGCACAGCAAAUCCCAGAGAUCAGCCACAUCCUUAACAAUACAAAUGUCAUGAAGGAGAUGCUGGACAUCGUCAGGAACUCAGAUAUGUUGCGGGAAAUAAGGAGUCAAGACCGAGCAGUGAGCAACCUUGAAAAUGUCCCAGGACAUGAUAGCACAUUGACAUGUGUGGGCACAGAGAGCCAGGAUGCAUUGUUGAAUGCAACGCAUGAGCAGUUUGGAAACAACUCCUUUCCUUCCUUGGUGAGAAAUCGAUCCCUGGAGAGAACAGGCAGGAGAAGCCAGCUCCCCUAUAAUGGUGCUAGGGACCGUUCAGGGUCUCCUUCUCCUUCCCAGAGUGCCACCAGUAUUUGCACCAGUAGCAUCUCUGCUGACCUUGACCACGGUGUCACCAACAGCACUACCCACCUGCCUGGGCAAAGCUCCUUGUUGCCCAGCCUUGGCUCUGGGAAGGGAGCUGAGACCCCCAGCACAGGAGGUGUUCAGAGCAUGCUUCAUCAGGUCACCGAAUCUCUCCAGUUGAUUGUGAACUUGUGUGCUUUCUACACAAAGUGGAUGACACUGUUGCUGCUGCAGAGAUCCCAGCUGGCAGCCUCAGCUGCGCCCUCCACUGAGGCCAUGCAGCAGCAAGAGGACGUCAUGCAGAGGAUGCCACAUUUUCUUCAGCAGAUUCAGAACCCUGAAAUGCUAGCAGCAAUGUCUAACCCAAAGGCUAUGCAGGCUUGUUUACAGAUUGAGCAGGGCUUGCAGAUCCUCGCAGUGGAAGCGCCAGUGCUGAUUCCGUGGUUUGCCUUCCGUCUGCGGAGUCUGGGAAAUACUGGGAACUCUGCAAAUGCUGCAAGCAAUAGCUCUGGGUCUGGUGAAUCACCUCCACAUUAUGAACACCAUCAGAGGAGGAACAACAUUUAAAUAUAAGUACUGCAAGCAGUUCCUGGGACAAGUCCUGAACCCUGGCAAGAUCCAGAAAUCAAAUUCCAGGAAGAACCAGAGCAACUCAAGUUAAUGGGCUUCUUUAAUGGUGAAGGAAGUAUCAGAGCUGUACUUCUACCAAGGAGACAGACAGGCAACAGCAAAGAGGUGGGAGCAUUCAGUCCAUUCAUCAUAGCAUUCUUUCAUAGCUUGCUCAUCUGA